AUGGACAAUAGCACGCUGCGCAGUGCCGUGGACGAUGUCGACGCCAUCCUGCAAAGCGAGGCUUGCAACCUGGCACUCAACGCGUCGGCCGUCAUGCAAGAUUGCAACGCUGCCAUUGAAUACUUUUUGACCAACAUUCGCGACCGCGCCAACCUGGAAGACGAAGGUGCACCCAUCACGAUGUGGACGGUGCCCGACUCAUGGAACGCGCUCGACCGCGAAAUUGUCCAAGGGUUGGAGCUGAACAUGAAUGUCGUGUGCCCUGUUCCGGACCUUGGGCCAGAAGCGACUCUGAAUGCCAUCGUUCAGGUGCUGGGAGCUGCGUACUAUCUACGCCAGCCAUUCAUCACCUACGCUGGCAAGCCACAUUUUGCCUUUGCCGACAACUCGCCCAUCCGUCUCCGUCGGGUGCAAUUGCCCGAAUAUCAAUCGCACUGCAAUGAAACCGGAGUGUACCGCUGCGGAUACCGAGGCAAACCAGUCAUCAAGUUGGCUUCCUCCAAACUCUCGUCGAAAAACUCUGUUGCGUUCGACUACGUCAAGCAGUUCAGCUACACUGGCGACGAUCAGUCAAACAUUCUGGGUCGCGUCUACUUUGCCGGGCUGACCCUCGAGGAGGCUUCGUGCGAGUGGGUGCAGGCGAAUUUCGCAACCCUGGAGCCCUACUUGCCCGACCCUUCACGCCUCGUCACCCCUUCCGAAGUCGAUUCGGGCCUCCGUGUUGCCUUUUUGGUCAUUGCAGCUCUUGAGCUGGCCUUGUUUGUCGCCAUGGCGCUGGGUGUUGUCCACUAUCGCCGCGUCCGUGCCAUUCUCUCUGCCAGUCCCAAGUUCUUGCUGCUAAUGCUGCUCGGAGCCGCGUGGUCAAUGUUCUGGAUUCUGUUCAGUCACCAGGAGACCAUUGUCACUGGAUUUUGCGUUGCGCGUGUUUGGGCACGCCACCUUGGCUUUGUAAUUAUUUUCGGCGCGCUCGCGUUGAAAACCUUCCGCAUCGCCAGUGUGUUCAACCUCAAGUCAAGCAAGGCUCCUCACCUGACCGACCGCGUACUGCUGUUCCGCUUCCUGCUGAUUGUUGCAUAUGGCUGUGUCAAUCUGGUUGCAUGGACUGUCUCGAGCCCUCCCAAGGCGAGCACCCUCAUUUCCAACAACCAAAGCUAUCAAGUCUGCGAAGUCACCUGGUGGGACACUGCCAUGUACCUUCAAGAGCUGGUUGCAAUGAUCGGGCUGGCUCUCCUGUGCUACCGCGUCCGCAAAGCCCCCUCCGCGUUCAACGAGUCCAAGUACAUUGGGCUUGCCGUGUACAACUGGAUUGUUGUGGGCGUCAUUCUGCAAAUCAUCCUCAACUCUACCACCGGCUCGGCUGACUUUUACUUUGUCAUCCAGUCACUCGAGGUGCUCGUCACCGUGCUGACUGCUAUCGCGAUUUUGUUUGCACCAAAGUUUUACUUGAUUUUCCGAGGCAAGGGCAACGAUGGCUCGACCAGCACCUAUCGUGGAUCCAAUCAAGGAGGAAGCCACCCCAAGACCUCUGCAAAUGCCGGUGGCAACGGUAGCGGUAGCAAUCACAAGUCUGGCGGUGAGAUGGAAAUGUCUUCGGGCCACGAGGAAGAGGAUUCGAGCCGAGUCGACAAAUUCAUUGGCAAGCAGGCAGUUCAAGAGGUCAAAGCCCUGCGUCACGAGAAUGCCCGGCUCAUAAAAGAGAUGGAAUCCAUGCGUACACAGCUGUUACGGCUGCACAAUCCUCACAGCGACAGUCUGGAGUGA